AUGGUUCACUCCCUCGAGGAGGCAAUCGACUACCAGGACGCACCACUGAGGCCAAUUGAUAGGCCACUGAGAAUGCCAAUUUCAUCAAUUGCCCAUGUCCCAGGACACGGGGCCGUUCUCUGUGGACGAGUCGACUACGGGUUUCUGGCAAAGGGCGACAACGUGAAGAUUCUUCCAAUAGGCGUCAGCGCAAAGGUGAAGUCGAUUGAGGCCCACAAGUGCUCGUUGCAGAGGGCCGAUUCAGGAGAAAACAUCGGAUUCGUUUUGGAUACGAAGGACAAGGCCACGGUGGAGAAGAUCAAGACGGGGUCAAUUGCAGGGCCAUCAGACGAUGGUGUAUUCGUCUGCUCCCCAUUCUACCUGGUCGCAGGAAUCUCAAUGAAGAAGUCAAAGAAGAGUGGAACAGACCAGAGUGGAAUCAAGGAGGGCUAUACGCCAGUCAUUUCUUGUGGAACUGCAAACGUGGCAUGUAAGUUUGCAAAGCUGACAAAGUGCAUCACCAAGGACAAGGUUGAGAUCGAGAAUCCAACUAUCAUUCCAACAGGUGCACGAUUCGAGGCACUGAUUUAUCCAACAAAGCAGGUGCUCUUUGAGGAGGCAGCAAGCUUCCCAGGACUGGGAAAGUUUGUUUGUAGGGACUCAGGCAUGUUGGUUUGUGCAGGUCAGAUCAAGGGAAAGAUGACUGAGGCAGAGGCAAAGGAGAAGUAUGGAUUGAGUAUCGCAGUACUAUCAGGAGACAAGGACGCAAUCAAGAAGGCAGGUGGAAAGACCAGCAAGAAAUAA